CCAUCGUACACUUCAAGCAUUCGGAGAUUGGUUUUCCUCUUCCUCCUCACCAUCGCCAUCCUCGCAACAAGUUGCAAGUCACCUCCUUCCUCCCGCCUCCGCCAUAUAUACCUCCACGCCUCCUCCUCGCCCUUCUCAUCUCCUCAUCAACAAGACAAAAGACUCCCUCUCUCGUCCCUCCAAAGAAAACCAGCUCCCCAUCCCUGCUCCUCCGAGCUCUACAUCGCGGCCUGCGCGCACGCUAAUGGGGGAGCACGCGUACGACCACAGCAGCGGCAGCAGUAGCGGCAUGAGCCCGUCGACGCCGCCGGUGCAGCAGCAGCAGCAGCGCAGAGGCUCCUCGCGCCACGCGAUGGUGCCCAGGGCCGCCACGACGCGGCCGGCCAUAAGGAUCAUCCACAUCAUCGCGCCGGAGAUCAUCAAGACCGACGUCGACAACUUCCGGGACCUCGUGCAGCGCCUCACCGGGAGGCACCACCACCAGCCGGCUGACGCCACGGCGGACGACGACGACAACAGCAAGGCGGUGACGGUGGACGUGGCGCCCACGCCGCCCUCGCCGGUAGAGGAGAAACCGCAGCCGCAGAAGAAGAGACCGGCACCAGUGGCGGCGCUGGCCGACGAUUUCUUGGUGCAACAGGAGAACAGGAGGAGGAAGAAGAUCAAGUGCGAGGUGGUGAAGGUGGAGGAAGGAGGGUUCGGCUAUGGCGGCGGCGACCUCGACUUCAGCGGGCUGUGGGUGGAUCUCAACCCCGGGGGAUUCCUGAGCUUCUUGGAGGAGGACGUCUUCCAGGGGAUGCUGGCUCCUGACUUGCUGCAGCAGCCUCUAGGGGCGCCGCCGAGGAUGGAUUUGGUUGGUGAAAUGUGCGCCUCCUACCUGGCUUAGUUAGCUGUUCUUGUGAUCUUUUUGAUGCUUUUGUGAGGAUUUUUUGCGCUUUGGUUGAGAGAAAUGGGUUCUUUUCUCUCUUCCAUUUCUCUAGAUGAACAUAAUUACAGUGAUCUUGGAAGAACUUGCACCCAUGGCUGCAAAUACUAGUGAUUAUGUAAGCUUCCCUGGUGGGAUGAUGAUCAAUGAUCAUUCAAGAAUGAUCAGUUUGAUUGCCUACAUUUGUUUUCGGCCUCGAUCAGAAAUGUAAAUAAUUGGUCUGUCUUGAAAGUGCCA